GCUCUAAAGCAAAUGAUGACUAUAUAAUCAGAUCUUAUCUACAGUGUAUAUAUGCGUCGUGGCGCCAAAAUCUUACGCUAUUUCUGUGUAAAUUGCAAAUUUCAUAUUAUUUGAUUUUAUUAUUUAAUUUUCACAUUUUCGAAUUUUUUUCAAGUAGUGAUGAAGAAUGAAAAAUAUUACACAGUAUUUUGAGGACGCUGUGUCACGAUCUAACAGUAACAUAUCAAUGCACUCCAAUAAUGAUACGAAAGAAGAAACAAAGUGUAAAAAUGGUUCUAAACAGAAACGUAAUCGCGUGAAAAUUAAAAUAUCUCGAACGAAUUCUAAAGAAAGGAUGUGUGACAUCGUGGAAGAUAGCAAUGAUAUGAUUGAUAAAACGCCUAGUCCAUUUGCUAAACUAAACAACAAAGAUAAAAAAUCACCCGAACAAUCUUGUUCUCCAAAAAGUAUUCGAAAGACUUUAAGAAAAAACAGAUCAAUAGAUCAAUCUUUGGAUUGUUCAAAAUCGGAGACAAGUGACUUGAAUGUCAAAAAUAAAAAGCAAGGAAAUAAGGAAGAUAACAUUCGAAUUUGCCCAAGUAAUAAUAAAAGAUAUAAAAAAGGCUCAAGCAAUAAAACAAAUAUCAAUGAAAAUCUAAAUGUAGAUAAUACAAUGAAAACUAAGCAAAUUAUUGAUGAUGUACAGGUAAUAAAUAUUGAUUCCAAUGAGAUUGAUAGCCGAGAAGAAUCAAAUGCUUUUCAAAUUCUUAUGAAUCGUAACAAGGUGGUUCACUGUGUAUCACCAGUAAAACUAUUUCCUCAAAAUGAAGAAGUAACUAAUAAAAAGUCAGAAGAAUAUAGGGAGAAAUUAAAACGUUCUAAAGAGAAAUUAAUAGCAUUAGCUGAUAAGAAAGGAUAUUCUAAGAGAAAACUUGCAGAGAUGGAAGAAGCUGAAAAAAUAGAACAGAUGAUACAAAGUCGUGUAAAACUGUUUAAAGGUGAAGAGAAGAAGAAUAAUUUGAGUACAACUGUUUUAAAUCAUAAACAUUCACCUGGUAGUUUGUUAAAUUAUUUCAGCAAAACUCCAGUGGAUUUAGUGGAUGGUAUGACAAAUAUGUCCACCAUUGUGGUAAAAGCUGAUGUACAUAUGACAGAAAACAACAGUAGAUAUGAUUUACAUAAUUCAAGUUCAAGCAAUAAAGUACAAUCAAAUAAAAAAAAUGAAUUAGAAUUCUCCCAAAUGGAUGACAUUAAAAUCAUAGAAUCUGAAAAUGUUAAUAUCUUGAAUGAUAAUAAAAAACAACAGAAUAAACAACAUUACAAGCAUAGAUGGUCUUUAAGAAUAAAACUUCAGACUUAUGAAAAUGAAAAUGUGUCACCAGGUGAUAGCAGUGAUGAAGAAUUAUUCUCACCAACAAAUAAAGUUAAAUUAAAUGUGAAGAAUUAUAAAAAGUUUGGAUUAAUUAAAGAUUCAGAUUCAGAAAACUUGUCAACAAAAAGUAAAAAUGAAAAAAAGAUAUCAAAUAUCAAUAUUAAUAGACAUACAAAAUUAGAAUUAAAAGAACUUGAAAAUUCGGAGAAUAAUAACAAGUGUUUAAAUGACAAAUUUGAAAAUAAACAGAAAUUCGAUAAGUUUGGUCAACAAGAAUCAACUUUGAUAAAAAAUUUUAAUACAAAUGUAAAAAAUUGUGAUAAUACUAACUUAGGAAAUAUUGCAGAAGAUAAACAAAGUGAAGAAGAUUGUAUAAUUAUUAAUAACAAUAGUUUAAAGAAAUUAGCCCCUUUAUUUACAAAACGAAAAAAGCUAAAUCCAGAGGUAAUUGAGGCACGACGAUUAUUUUUACAGCCUGAUAUGACAGAUAAUAAUAACAGAAUUAAAAAUCGAAAAGUAAAUGUUUGUGGUAUAUUACCAUUUCCACUUAUUAGUCAUAUUGCACAGUCCAGUAAUUUAUCUUGGAAUAAAAGUAGCAUUUUUAAUAUACCAAAGAAAAUCUGUAAUGAUUAUGUUCCAGUUAUAGACAUAAAGAAUUUCAAAUCAUUAAUAGAGUUUUCCACAAAAAAAUCAGAAUCUUUGGAAAAAAUUAAUAAACCGAAAAUUCAAGACGCAUUAACAGAUAUAGAAAAGCACUAUUCAAAUGUAAGAGACAUGUGGAAUGUUAUUUCACUCGUUAAGAAGCAAUCUAAUAAAGUAGUGUCUCCUAAAACAAGAGGCAAAAAGAAUAGACAAUUGGGAAAAAGGGAAACAAUAGAACACAAAACUGAAGAAGAUCAAUUAGAAUAUUGUAAUUGGAUUUACAAAUACAGACCAAAAAGUUCUCAAGAAAUAGUUGGAAAUGAAGAAGCGGUGGCAAAAUUGAAAGAAUGGCUAACUGGAUGGAAAAAAACAGAAUGUACAAAUGACAAUGUUAGUAGUGGAGAUGAGUUUUAUUCAUCUGAUAGUUGUCAAACAAAAAUUAGUGAAAAUAACCAAGUAGCUGUAUUACUCGGACCAUAUGGAUGUGGUAAAACUGCUAGCGUAUAUGCAGUAGCAAAUGAAUUUGGUUACACCGUAUUAGAGCUAAAUGCAUCAUCUAGAAGAACAGGGAAAAAGCUUCUAAAGGAAUUGGAAGAAGCAACUAAAUCACAUCGAAUUAAGAAAGAUGAGAAAACAUCUACAUUUUGCGAUUUAAUUUCAGAUGAAAUUGUACCAAAGAAAAUACCACAAAACUCUCUCAUUCUUUUAGAAGAUGUUGAUAUUGUAUUUGAAGAAGAUGAAGGUUUUAUUUCUGCUACAUAUCAAUUAGCAUUAAAUUCAAAGCGUCCGAUUGUUAUGACGUGUCGAGAUGUUUAUCCCAAUCUUAAUAAAAUGGCAUCUCAGCAAAAUAGAAUCUAUUUUCAAGAGCCUACUGGUAAUAGAGUUUCUGUUUUAUUAGAAUUAAUUUCAUUGGCAGAAACUGGUUAUAAACUUCCAUUUAAUUGCAUAACAGAAUUAUUGCAAACUGGCGACUUACGGAAAGCUAUAUUACAAUUGCAAUAUCUAUUAUUAUCUGGUCCACCACGUAUAUUGGAACAGACCAUAAAUUUUAAGAAUUCAUUUUGGCAAAAUGUACGGUAUUAUGUAUACAAGCCAGCAAUCAAAGUAAGUAAAAAAAGGAAAAGAAAAGGAGCUAUAAAUCACAAAGUAACAAAUGAUGACAGAAACAUAAUAAGUGAUAUAGCAAACAAAUUAGAUAAUAUAGCUUUAGUCUCAUCUUUAAUUGAAAUAGAAGACUCUGCUUUAGACUUGUGGAAAAUAAAAACACAACCCAAUUUAUCUUUGCUUGAAAAUACUGCUCUGUAUUCAGCUUCUAGUAAUAUAAGUCUAGAAUUGGCUGAAUGGAUAGGUAAUAAAGUUAUAUGUAAAGAGCAGUUGAAUAAGUACAAUGGAACACAAUAUCCAAAUAGCAUUAUGUUAAAAAAACAAUUAAAUAAAGGUGUGAACGUAGCCUUAUCACAAACUACAUCAUUAUUACUCGAUCAUCAAAUUAUAGCUACAGAUUAUAUCCCAUCUGUAAGAACAAUAUGUAGAGCAGAAGAAUCAAGAGCUAAUAGCAAUAAUAAAAGAGGAAAUCGAUUCUUUCAUUAUCUUCAUAAUUUAAAAACAUCAUCUACAUUGUUCAAACCUAAUAUUUUAGCAGCAGCAUGCAAAAUAAUGUAUGAUAAAGUUGACAAUGAUGUACAAAGUGAAAAUAUCAAUUUCAUAUAAUUAUCAAGUUUUCUAUUAAAUGUUAUAAAAAUUUGUAAACAUAGUGCAAAUAUUAUUUUUAAAUAUAAAUACUUUGGAAAAUGCAAUAGAUAUUUAAAAAUCCUAAAAGGUGUUGAUUGAUUAUACUGGUGUUAUUUGAUUAUAUUUUAUUUUUUAGUCUCCUGUUUUAAAGGAAAUAAAUUGUAGAUUGUUGGCACUUCUAUAAUGUUAAAAGCGUCCUUGAAUAUUGUAUGUAUUAAUAAUAAAGCAAAAUAAGUAUGUUAUUUUGAUUUUUAAAAUUUAUAUUAUAUAAUUCUUUUCUCGAAGUGUUAUAGUUUUUGAAGUGUUGUAUAAUAUUAAUGUAAUGUAUCAUACAUAGUGCCUUCAUCUAUUAAAUUGACUGAUUAUAACAUUUUGAAUUUUGUGAUUAUAUAAAUAAAAGAUAUAUUUAUUAUUAAUCAAUUUUUAUUUUUUUAGUAAGAAUAAUAUAUUAUAGAACUUAAAUUUUUAUAUGAUGCAAUUUGCGAUUUAAUUCUUCAAAUUUUAGAAUUUUUCGAAUGAAAAAGUCUCCGUAACGGUGAGCUACUUUUGUAUCCGCUAUAUGAAUCAUAUCGUGAUCGAUAUAAAAAUCCAGCUGUAA